GUUAACUGUUGAUGUUGAUCCACAGAGUGGAGCAGCAGAACUCAGAAGUUCCCAGAACUCAGUCUGUCCAGCAGCAUCACCUGGACUCCAUAUUCAUGCUGCUGGAGGACAAAAUGGUGACUUUUGUGAAGAAGGAGCUGAAGAACAUGCAAAAGGCUGUGAGUCCACGUUACCCAGAAUGGUCAGAGAGUCAGAGGAAGGAUGAGGAGGAGUUGGAGGGUGAUGAUGAAGAGCGGAGGAACACCAGAGAGAUGUUUCAGCAGAUCGCUGUGUUGUUCCUGAGGAGGAUGAAGCAGGAGAAGCUGGCUGACUGUCUGCAGAGCAUCUGUGGACGUAAACUUAAAAGUGGUCUGAAGAAGAAGUUCCAGAGAGUGUUUGAGGGCAUCGCUAAAGCAGGACAGCCGACCCUCCUGAAUGAGAUCUACACAGAGCUGUACAUCACAGAAGGAGGGACUGCAGAGGUCAAUGAUGAACAUGAGGUCAGACAGAUUGAAGCAGCAUCCAGGAAAGCAGACAAAGCAGAAAGAAGCAUCAGAGCAGAAGACAUCCUUAAAAGCUCACCUGGAAGAGAUGGACCAAUCAGAACAGUGAUGACAAAGGGAGUGGCUGGCAUCGGGAAAACAGUGUUAACACAGAAGUUGACUCUGGACUGGGCUGAAGACAAAAGCAACCAGGACAUCCAUUUCAUGUUUCCAUUGACUUUCAGAGAGCUGAAUGUGCUCAAAGAGAGAAAGUUCAGCUUGAUGGAACUUGUUCAUCACUUCUUCAGUGAAACCAAAGCAGCAGGAAUCUACAGCUUUGAAUACUUCCAGGUUGUGUUGAUCUUUGACGGUCUGGAUGAGUGUCGCCUUCCUCUGGACUUCCACAACAAUGAGGUCCUGACUGAUGUUAGAGAGUCUACCUCAGUGGAUGUGCUGCUGACAAACCUGAUCAGGGGCAAUCUGCUUCCCUCUGCUCGCCUCUGGAUAACCACCAGACCUGCAGCAGCCAAUCAGAUCCCUCCUGAUUGUGUGGACAUCAUGACGGAGGUCAGAGGGUUCACCGACCCACAAAAGGAGGAGUACUUCAGGAAGAGAUUCAGAGAUAAGGAGCAGGCCAACAGCAUCAUCUCCCACAUGAAGAAGUCACGAAGCCUCCACAUCAUGUGCCACAUCCCAGUGUUCUGCUGGAUCACUGCUACAGUUGUGGAGGAGCUCCUGAGAAUCAGAGAGGGAAGAGAGCUGCCCAGAACCCUGACUGAGAUGUUCAUCCACCACCUGGUGGUUCAGACCAAAGUCAAGAUGGUCAAGUAUGAUAGAGGAGCUGAGACAGAUCCACACUGGAGUCCAGACAGCAGGAGGAUGAUUGAGUCUCUGGGAAAACUGGCUUUUAAUCAGCUGCAGAGAGGAAACCUGAUCUUCUAUGGGUCCGACCUGACAGAGUGUGGCAUGGAUCUGGAAGCAGCGUCAGUGUACUCAGGAGUGUUGACACAGCUCUUUAAAGAGGAGAGAGGGCUGUACCAGGACAAGGUGUUCUGUUUUGUCCAUCUGAGCAUUCAUGAAUUUCUGGCUGCUCUUCAUGUCCAUCAGACCUUCAUCAGCUCUGGAAUCAACUUGCUGGAAAAACAACUAACAACCUUCAAGAAACCUGAUCCAACAGGUUUCUACCAGAGAGCUGUGGACGAGGCCUUACAGAGUCCAAACGGACACCUGGACUUGUUCCUGCGCUUCCUCCUGGGUCUGUCACUGCCGACCAAUCAGAAUCUCCUACGAGGCCUGCUGACACAAACAGGAAGUAGCUCACAGACCAAUCAGAAAACAGUGGAGUACAUCAAGAAGAUGAUCAGUGAGAAUGUGUCUGCAGAGAGAAGCAUCAAUCUGUUCCACUGUCUGAAUGAAUUGAACGAUGUUUCUCUGGUGGAGGAGAUUCAACAGUCCCUGAGAUCAGGACAUCUGUCCACAGAUAAACUGUCUCCUGCUCAGUGGUCAGCUCUGGGCUUCAUCUUGCUGUCAUCAGGAGAAGAUCUGGACUUGUUUGACUUGAAGAAAUACUCUGCUUCAGAAGACGUUCUUCUGAGGCUGCUGCCAGUGGUCAAAGCCUCCAAGAAAGUAGUACUGAGUGGCUGUAAUCUGUCAGAGAGAAGCUGUGGAGCUCUGUCCUCAGUCCUCAGCUCCAAGUCCUCCAGAGUGACAGAGCUGGACCUGAGUAACAACGACCUGAAGGAUUCAGGAGUGGAGAGACUUUCUGCUGGACUGGAGAGUCCACACUGUAAACUGGAAGCUCUCAGGCUGUCAUGCUGUCUGGUCACACAGGAAGGCUGUGCUUUUCUGGCCUCAGCUCUGAGCUUCAAACCCUCAAACCUGAGAGAGCUGGACCUGAGCUACAAUCAUCCAGGAGACUCAGGAGAGAAGAUGCUGAGGGCUAAAGUGGAGGAUCCACUCUGUAGACUGGAAACUCUCAGGGUGACACCUGCUGGAGUCCAGUGGUUGACACCAGGUCCGAGGAAGUAUUCCUGUCAACUCACAGUCGACAGAAACACAGUAAACAGAAAACUCAAACUGUCUGACAACAACAGGAAGGUGACUCGUGUGAAGGAGGAUCAGUCGUAUCCUGAUCAUCCAGACAGGUUUGACUGUCCUCAGCUGCUGUGUGGAACUGGUCUAACUGGUCGCUGUUACUGGGAGGUGGAGUGGAGAGGAAUGGUUCAUAUAUCAGUGAGUUACAGAGGAAUCAGAAGGAAAGGAAGCAGUGAUGACUGUAAGUUUGGAUCUAAUGAUCAGUCCUGGAGUCUGAUCUGCUCUGAUGAUGGUUACUCUGUCUGUCACAAUAACAGUCCAAUAUCCAUCAGUUCCUCCUCAGUCUCUCACAGAGUUUCAGUUUAUGUGGAUGUUCCUGCUCGAACUCUGUCCUUCUACAGAGUCUCAUCUGACUCUCUGAUCCUCCUCCACACCUUCAACACCACAUUCAUUCAACCUCUCUAUCCUGGAUUUAGGGUCUACGGGUCUGGUUCCUCAGUGUUUCUGUGCUGA